GUGGGGCGACCGGGGGGAGAGGUUUUGGGAGCCAGGCACCGGCCCGCCCCACCUGAGGCCAGGCCAGCCAAUGAGGAAAAGGCCCCGGCGCUGACCAGCCUGUUGCUGGGGGAAACCUCCUCUGGCGGGGACCUUUCCGGGACUUCUUUGCCGCCCCAGAAAGUCGCCGUCGGGAGUCAGAGGAGCCGAGCCGAGCCAAGUCUCCCUGCCGCCGCGGAGGAAAGGAGGCGAUGGCGCCUUCUGGGAAGGGCUUGGCCUCCCUCUGGCUCUCCUCCUGCCUCUGGCUGGCGGCGGAGGGCGCGGCCGAGGGGCCCACAGUGGAUUUCUUAUACCAAGAGAGGGGUGAGUGCUUCUUCUCCAACGGGACCGGUGGUGCUGGCGGAGAGGAACCCCAGGUGCUCUUCCUGAGCCGGCUGAUCUACGACCGGCGGGAAGUGGCCCGCUUCAACAGCACCCUGGGCCAAUACGUGGCCCUCGCGCCCAUGAUGGAGUCCAAUGUGGACAGGUUCAACCGGGACCCGAAUGAGCUGCGGAGCUUGAUGGCCAACGUGGACCUCUGCCGACACAACUAUGACAGCCUUGAGCGCUUCUCCCUCGGCAGGAAGAUUCAGCCCAAGAUGAGGAUCACCAGCAACUACAAGGCCUCCACUCGCCACACUCUGCUGAUUUGCUUCGUGGACAGCUUUUUUCCAGUCAAGAUCAAAAUCAGGUGGUUCAGGAACGGGAAGGAGGAAAAAGGGGACCAAGUGAUGACCUCAGGCCUCAUUGACAACGGAGACUGGACUUACCAGAUGCAUGAGAUGCUGGAGACGCAGCCGGAGAAGGGAGAUGUCUACGCCUGCCAAGUGGAGCACGCCAGCUUCGCCAGCCCUGCCUCCAUUGAGUGGAGGCCCCAGUCAGGUGCCGCCAAGAGCAAGAUGUGGACGGGGGUCAUGGGCCUGGUCCUGGGGGUGGUCUUUGUGGCCGCGGGGCUCGCUCUCUACGUCAAGAAUGGCUGUGCUGUACCCCCGACCACAGUGGGACUCAUGGAAUAGACUCAGCUUCCUUCCUUUGCCAAAGAAGACCCAACUUCCCUCCUCCCUGCUGUCAGCCUUGGCCCGGCUCCAAGGGCAUAAACAUGCAAAUGUCACAGGAAAUUCAAUGUGCAGAUUUGACAAAUAUGAAUUUAAUAUGAUGUGUGGGAAUGAAUGGAAGUUGUAUGGAUGGAGCUUAUAAUUUUGGAAGCACCAGUAUAAUAUGAAGGCCUGCCAUGACUAACUACUUGCUUGCUGGAACUGUGAUCAAAACCUGCUAAUGAGAAUUGAUAAGAACUGUGACAAUGGUUCUUUCCAGUUAAGGAAAUGUUUGCAACAUUCCUUAUGUUAAGAAGGAAGUCAACAGAAGAUCCACAACAAUCAAGAAGAUUAACAUCUGGCCGGGAAACUGAGAUGGAGCCAGGAUGGAAGACAUCUAUCAUUAAUUUACAACUUUGGGACGACAUCAGCAGAAUAUUCCUAUAAAAGACUCAGUCUAAUAAUGCUCAAAGUGUGGCAGACCUGAGGAGUCUGUUCCACCCGCUAUGCUCUGCUCCAUGGAAAGGAGAGAGAUAGUGUACCUAAGGAGAGUGACAGAAAGCAGGGAAAGCAGGGUUCUGGACACUUUGGGGUUUCUUUCUCAAGGGAAGAGGAAGAAGGGCGCUUUUGGAGUCUUGGAUUUUGUGCAGGGAGUCAGGUUCUGCUGUAUGGAAAACAGAGAUCUGGUCCUUGGCACUGUUCUUAGGGAAGAAGUUUUGGUGUUAUGGAAGUUUUGGAACUAUGCAUUGACAGGCUGCAGGAAAUCAGCGUCUGGCCUAACAAGUGCUUCUCCAAGGAGGAAGAAAAGAAUACGGUAAUAUUUGGGUGCAUGUGGAUGAAUGUGUGUACAUGUAGUGUGAAUGUUGAGUGGAAAUGUAAUUUCCGUUUGUUUGUUUGUUAACCAAUGUAGUUGCAUAGAAUCGGUAUGUCUGUCUGUCCAAUGUCAUUCUUUGUCUAAAUAUUUUUUCUGUAAUCUGAUCUACCCUCUCACACUGGAGAUUGCAAUAAAAAGA